UUUUGUAUACGUUGGUGCCGCUGUCAUAUGCAGCAUCUGCAAAAAAAAGGAAUACGUGUUCUUUUGGAGUUCCUAAUUCCUGUGUGUCUCGCGUCCGGGAUAAAGUGUUUUUUAAUGUAUGCACUACGUGCCAUGCAUUAUAAUUUGAGCGUCUAGUGUCUAAGGAAAGUCGAAUUGUUGCCCUUUUGCCGCUGUGACUUAUUAGCUCUGACCACUCAUUAACCGGCUUUACGAUGUCGAACAAGCAAACGCUGGUAGUCUCUGCCGUGGGCAUUUUCGUGUGUUACUUUUACUUUGCGAUUCUGCAGGAAAAGAUUACACGCGGCCGGUACGGUGAUGAGCUGCAGGACGAUGGUUCACGUGGCGAGCGUUUCACCUACAUGCUGGCCCUGGUAGGCGUGCAGUGUGUCUGCAAUUGGAUUUUCGCGAAAGCUUUGCUUACGAUCACACCACAACCGGUCGACGGUACACCAAAGGUGUACUAUGCUAGCAGCGCCCUCACGUAUCUGUUGGCCAUGAUCAGCUCGAACAUGGCGCUGCGGUGGGUUGCCUACCCGAUGCAGGUUGUCGCUAAGGCUGCCAAACCGAUUCCCGUUAUGCUGCUGGGCGUGGUGGUUGGACGAAAAAGUUACACGUGGAAGAAGUACCUGUUCGUGUUGCUGAUUGUGGUGGGCGUCGUACUGUUCAUGUUCAACGAUGGUAAAGCAAACUCCGGCACCGUCCUAGAACACGAAUCACUCGGCCAACUGCUACUAAUCAUGAGCCUUUCGAUGGACGGACUAACCGGCGCGGUUCAGGAACGGAUGCGGGCGCACAGUGCCCCAUCGGCCCAGCACAUGAUGCUGGCCAUGAAUGGGUGGAGUGCAGCGAUCGUGUCGGUCGGUUUGCUGGCGACCGGUGAAGGAAAGGCGUUCGUACUGUUUACCAGCCGGCAUCCGCAACUGUUUACGCACCUUACACUGCUAGCGCUAACCGGUGCCCUGGGCCAGCUGUUCAUCUUCAUGAUGGUGUCCUCGUUCGGUGCAUUAGCCUGCUCGGUAGUUACGACGACACGCAAAUUUUUCACCGUCCUCUUUUCGGUCCUUUUCUUUGGCAACGUGCUUUGCGUCCGGCAGUGGAUUGGCGCGGUGCUCGUAUUUUGCGGCCUGUUUGCGGACAUGUUCUUCGGCCGAAAGCCACAGCCGGUAAAAAAAUUAGCCAAGGAGAAGGAAAAGAGUGAAGGUGUUCCACUGACCGAUAGGCAGUAGACCGGCUUUUGUCUAGAAAGCAUUUAAAAAACUGAUUAUUCCAUGAACAGGGUGCUAAAGCACCGUAAAGAUAGGGUGACAUUCAAAUCAAAUGCGCACACGCCAUGGUUAUUGGCUUCUCGUGAAACAAAAACAAAGAUGCUAAUCUACCUGGUAUCCCUCUGGUAAACGAUAUUACCUGCGUCCUUCAUUAGUGUAAUUAUAAGAAAACGGAAAAGUAGCAAAUAAAAAGUGAACCAUAUUUGUACGGAAUAUAA